CAUGUGAGUUGUCAAUUGCGUAAUGUCUGCUGUGUGGAACACAUCUGCGGGAUCAGUUUGGUGUUGUUAUUUAGUGUGACGUGGAAAUAUGUGUAUUCAGACAUGAAGCAAACAAGUUUAUUUAACACGAGGGCAUUUAGCCUGUUCCGUGCGUUUGUUAUACCUGUCAUUUUGAUUUUGUAUUGUUAUGCUGUCGAUGCACAAAAAGUGGACACACAUUUAAAACAUCAAUGUGAGACCAUAAACUGUUUAUUUGGUGAAGUACCUUUCGUUCAGUCUGUGGCAACAGAGACUAGUGUGGUGCGGAAAAGGGAAACUGGUGAUGAGAAGGACGGUAAUGUGAAGCCGGCAGUGUCUGAGGCAAAAACGGAGAAUCACAAAAAUUCUGUUUCAGGAGAUACGCUACUUAAAAGCUCAAAUGGCACUAAAACCUCGAACGCUACUUCGACAGAGGGACCACCAAAUGCAAAUGUCAGUAUGCCGCCGAUGCCACCCAUGCAAGCACCAACGAAUGCAACUAAUGUGACGGUUAGUUCCACAGAGUCGCCUGGUGAACCUGUUCUCCCCGACAAAGGUUCUGCAGAGGAAGAACACAACAGCUCAAUGUCAAUAUUUUUUGUGCUUUGCGUGCUAGCCUUAGGUAUUUUAUUGAUUCAUUUUAUGUUGCAAUUCAACUUCCAGUACUUACCAGAAAGUGUCGCUAUUGUAUUUCUUGGGGCAUUGAUAGGCCUUAUAAUCAAUCUGAUGUCAAAUCAAAACAUUGCAAACUGGAGAAAAGAAGAAGCAUUUUCACCAACUGCUUUCUUUUUAGUUUUACUUCCUCCAAUUAUAUUUGAAUCAGGAUACAAUUUGCACAAAGGAAAUUUCUUUCAAAACAUAGGUUCCAUUCUUGUUUUUGCAAUAUUUGGUACUACUAUAUCUGCACUUGUUAUUGGUGCAGGAGUCUAUUUGCUCGGACUAGCAGAAGUGGCAUACCGUCUGAGCUUCGUUGAAAGCUUUGCAUUUGGAUCUUUAAUAUCGGCCGUGGAUCCUGUGGCAACUGUAGCAAUUUUCCAUGCACUGGAUGUGGAUCCUGUUCUUAACAUGUUGGUUUUUGGUGAAAGUAUUCUGAAUGAUGCUGUUGCCAUUGUGUUAACAACAUCAAUUUUGGAAUCAAACAAUCCAGCAAUGACAUCAUCAGAAGCUGUCCUAACAGGAAUCAACAGAUUUUGUUUGAUGUUCUUUGCAUCUGCAGGAAUAGGUGUCGUGUUUGCACUUGUGAGUGCUCUACUCUUGAAGCAUAUUGAUUUACGGAAGAACCCAUCUCUUGAGUUUGGAAUGAUGUUGGUUUUUACUUAUGCACCAUAUGCUCUUGCUGAAGGAAUUCACUUGUCAGGUAUAAUGGCAAUACUGUUCUGUGGGAUUGUUAUGUCACAUUACACCCACUACAAUUUGUCCACUGUGACUCAGAUAACAAUGCAGCAGACCAUGCGCACAUUGGCUUUCAUUGCAGAAACAUGUGUAUUUGCUUACCUGGGUCUUGCGUUAUUCAGCUUCAGACACCGUGUUGAGCCUGCACUUGUCGUUUGGAGCAUAGUGCUUUGCCUUGUUGGACGAGCUUGUAAUAUUUUUCCCCUGGCUGUAUUGUGCAAUCGUUUCCGUGAACAUCAGAUCACGAAGAAGAUGAUGUUCAUUAUGUGGUUCAGUGGUCUACGUGGUGCAAUUGCAUAUGCACUUUCAUUACAUUUGCAGUUCAGUGAUGAGACUAGACAUGUUAUUGUGACGACUACUCUCAUUAUAGUGCUCUUUACAACACUUGUCUUUGGAGGAUCAACUAUGCCUCUAAUGAAGUUACUACUUGCCAGUAAGAAGGGUCGAAGCCGUCGUCGACGCCGUGAAAAAGAAAUUACUUUGAGCAAAACAAGAGAAUGGGGACAAACAAUUGAUUCAGAACAUUUAUCUGAAUACACAGAAGAAGAGAUGGAAGUUAGCUUCAUUCAGUCUAGGAUAAAAGGGUUUGCAAAAUGUGACAUAAAAUAUUUUAUUCCAUUUUUCACCCGCAGAUUCACUCAACAGGAAUCUUUCUAGAAAAUAAACUGAAGUAAACGACAUUGUUAAAGCUCAAACAAUAGUGCUAAAAUGUGGGAACCAUUCAGUGUACAGUAUCUUCAUCUUCUUACUUUCCACAUUUUUUGCUAAACAGAUGUCUCACAAUCUGAGUCAUCUCUUUGACACUUGAGAGUAAACUCCAAAAAAAACUGAAGAGCAUUACUGACCACAAAUAAAUUUUCUCCAGUUCUUAGUAAACAUCUCUUUGAAAAUUCAGUCUAAACCACUGUCUUUCCAGUAAAUUAAUUUCUGUAACUAAACCAACCAAACAAAAUAUCCCUUUUGUUUAACCAGCCACAUACAACUUUCAUUGAUUGUGGGCUCACUUGUAAUUGUGUUCCCAAUGGAUCAUUACAUGAAGUCAAAAAAUCAAACAAUGGAAAGUCAGGACAGGAAAAUAAGUAUGUGGAAAGGAUAGAUUGCUAGUCACCACAUAGAGGAGGUAUUGAGGCAGACAGGCACAAUAGAAUAGAAUGCUAGAAAUAUUCUAGCAUCUUUUUUCACUUGCCUGUCUGACUCAGUGCUACCUCUAUGUGAUGAGUAGGAAUCUAUCCUUUCCACAUUGCUAUUACUAUCUAAAAAGCAUAGUUGUAUUUACAUUUUUGAAAGACAGAUAGCUCAAUCUUCAGAAAUGUUACUGUGCCACAAAGAGUGCUUCAGAUAUUUUUUUUCAAAUACUUCAGCAGAACAACAAGCCCAGAUUGAAACUACUAUGCAAACACUGAAAUUAAGAUGGUGCACAGGCAUAAUAUUUACAGCAAAAAUUCUGUGAUUGACGUGUUUACAUCAGACAUGUUAAAUUUCUUACAAUAAGUGUCACUUAGGUAUAAAACAUGAUUGCAGUAUUUAUGAACAUGUGUUUUUGUAAGAACCUUAUGCAGUACUUAAAAGAAUAUUUAUGUUUAUCUAGGUCUAGUAGUUUUAAGAAAAGCAGAGAGACAUGUUGGAAUUUACUAAUAUUUGCUACAACAAAAGUGUGAUAUGAAAGAUCUGUACAAUCUUCUUGCUUCUGUAGAGUCUAGCUAUUUUCAUAUGUGAAGUGUGCAGUCAUUUUUAGUACUGUAAAUGUAUUGAGUUUUGUAAUUGCUUUGUAGGAAGUGGGCAAGGAAGCACACCUUCAAUAGAUUACUGCAGGUAUUUUAUUAAUUAUAGUGCCUAUAAUUCAGUCUGUGAUGUCUUGUGCGCACAUAUUAAUAUGAGAAGCUAAAUGUGAAUUGAGGGACCAUGAUUUCAACUUUAUUACCCUUUCUUAAAAUAAGUAAAUGGAUUAUCAAACUGUUAUAUGUAACUAUAUGCAAAUGUUGUUGUUUCUAUGUCAACAUAUUGGCCAAAGUAUAAGUAAAUGUUAUCAAAACAAAAUUCGCUGUCAAGUCUAAUAUCAUGAAAUUAAACUAUAUACUAUUGUAUCUCAGGCUGCUGCUUAGUGUCAUUUGCUAGGUGACUAAAUUAUAUCUGUGUGAACAUAUACAAAUUUAUUUGAUGAUAAAGUAAAUAAUUAAUUAAAAAUACAUAGAAGAUAUAGAAAAUAAGUAGACAAAAUAUUAUCCCUUCACUUUUCCAUUACCACUCAGUAUUUCAGUCUAAAGCAAAAGACUUCAGGCUUGUAGUGUGUAACCCCCUCGGUGGAUAUAUUCUCUCUCUCUCUCUCUCUCUCUCUCUCUCUCUCUCUCACACACACACACACACACACACACACACACACACACACACACACACUUACACUUACACUUUCUCUUUUGUUCCCUGGAAUCCAGUAUGAUGAUCUGGACUUCCACUGCUAAUGUAAUGUUAUGUUUUGUCAUUUAUCCAGAACAAUUUUCUUCCUACCAGUAGAAGUAGCCAUAGUGCAAACAGUAAUCUGAAACAUUCAUGAACUUUUGAAAUCAAGAGUUUUUCUUUCUGUAGAUGUAUGUAAAUAGAGCAACAGGGAAAUGUACAUAAAAUAGCAAAAGGUUAUGGGAGAAAGGAUAAGUCACCCUGGCAACAAGAAGAGUUAGCAGGUAGUAAGAUGAUUUGUUGCCUCUUUUUGUAGCUCCAUAUUUACAGUUUUUUUAACUCAAACUUAUCAUAAAUAGUUGAAGGAAUUUAUUAGGUAAAUAGUACAUAUGGUUCAUAUUAGAAACCCACCUCAAUUUACAACUGAAUAAGUUUUGGGAAAUGACAAAGAAGUAAUCAAAUUGUUUCCCAGAAUAGCAGUCACCAAAAAUUUUCUCAAAUGGUGUAAUUAACUGAACUUCAUAGGGUAAGACCAAAGUAGCAGACUGUUUGUCACACUGCAAUAAAUAAUUUCUUUGUAUCCGAUUUUCAGUACUUACUUAUUUUGUCAGUGCUGUUACUCCUAUUCAACCACUAUCACUUCCUCCUCAAGAACAUGAGCAUUCAGCUUGUGUGAUGUGGAGCAAUAGUUGCACAGUUCACCCAAGACAGGAUAAUGAACCUCACCAUGCCUUUCCUCAUUAUUUCUGUUACUAUUCAAAAUGAGUUGGGCCCUAGAGAUCAUUCAUUCCUGAGAUUAAUUGUAUCAAAGGAAAAUUCAAUUGAAACCUUCAACAUUUGAAAUGUAUAGUACUGCAUAUUGAUACAUAUGAAAGUGAUAAACUUUCUAGCUUUUGAAACUAAUAGUUCCUUUCUUGUGUAGAAGAGUUGGAUAGGUCAGGAAUUUUUGUAUGGGGGGGGGGGGGGGGGGGGGGUCGCUACCACAAAAUAUAAAGAAUCAUUUAGUCACAAUAUGAAUUCAAAAUAUACUGUCAUCUGAUCAGUGAAUAACUGUUUUGUAGAAGGUUUAAAAAUUUCUGCAGUAUCAACACUCAUUACCUAGUAUUAAACAGUGUCUAUAUGCUGUUAUAAAGUAUAUCUAAAAACAAAGAUGAUGCAACUUACCAAACGAAAGCGCUGGCAUGUUGAUAGGCACAAAAACAUACACACAAAAUUCAAGCUUUCGCAACCAACGGUUGCUUCAUCAGGAAAGAGGGAAGGAGAGGGAAAGCCG